CAAGUUACAACGUUCGGUUUUUUAGUUUUCAAAAUGGCGUCAAAGCAACUUAGCCGAGAAGAGCUCGAUGAGAAGGCGAAGCAAGGAGAGACCGUCGUCCAAGGUGGCACCGGCGGGAAAAGCCUCGAAGCUCAAGAGCAUCUUGCUGAAGGAAGGAGCAAGGGAGGGCAGACCAGGAAGGAGCAGCUAGGACAUGAAGGGUACCAGGAGAUUGGCAGCAAAGGAGGAGAGGCGAGGAAGGAGCAGUUAGAGGUCUAAACCAGAAGUGAACAA